CACACGAACACUCUGCCUCCAGCCUCCAGCCUCCAGCUGGGCUCCACCUCUGCAACAUCCACUUUUCUUUUAUCCGAAGAGAUGAUAAUGAUGAAUAUGAAGUUAUUAUAGUCGCCGCUCGUUGGAUCCGGAUGUUUUUUUAUUUCCCCGCGUGGUGUUUCUUUCUCUCUCCUGUUUGCUGAUCAGUCUGUGGAAUGGUCUGCGUUUUUCUCUCCGGGGACGUUUCCACUUCAGCAUGGGAACUGCGGUGUCCAAAAGGAAGAAUCUGAGGAAUGAUGCGAUAUCUUCCGUGGCCGCAAAAGUUAGAGCAGCCAGAGCAUUUGGAGAAUACCUGUCCAAUACCCACCCAGAAAACCGCAACGGAGCAGAUCAUCUAUUGACAUCUGACACCUUCCCCAGCCAGGACUGCGAGUCUCCAGCCAUCAGCCGCCUGCAUAACACCAAUCUGACACCACAGAGCCACUGCUCACCCAUAGCUAAACCCAACCAGUCCAGCCAAUCCAAUCCUAGUGCUCACCCUCAGUCCCAGCCUCAGGCUAAUACCCUCCAGGCUCAAGCACCUCCGUGCCCCUCCAAACAUCAGCUCUCUGUUGAACGCAGUCUCUCCACAGAGGAGCCACCAGGUGGCAGAGGCCCAGAGAGGAGCGUGGUAGUGAAGCCGGCCAGGGUGUACACAAUCACCAGGGAAGGAGGGAUGACCCUGGGGGGCUGCGGCAGCGAGGAGAGCCUGGAGCUGGAGGUGCUGAAGGCCCCUGCCUCUGCCAAGCACAAUCCGUCCUGCACCAGCCAGCCACCCGCCACUGCCAUCCGUGGUAGCCAUCACAGCAGUAGCCAUCACCGUAGCAACCAUCACCAUGCCCACCAACAUCACGGAGGCCCACCGUCAACCUCACAGCCACUGCAGAGCUCAGGGAGCACCAACAACAUCCGGGACUGGGGGAUGAGGAGAGGGGGGUCGCGGGACGACAACACCCCAGACUGCGUGGCCUGCAUUCGGGCUCCGUGUCAAAGCCAGCGCUCCCUGGACCUGGACACCUCACUGCAGGAUGGAGGGAAGCACCGCAAGAAACUGGAGAGGAUGUACAGCGAGGACAGAUCGUCUACGGAAGACAGGGAGGACAAUCCUAAUAGCUGGUUCCCCAAAGAGAAUAUGUUCAGCUUCCAGACAGCCUCCACCACCAUGCAGGCAAUAUCGGCUUUCCGAGGCAUUGCUGAGACAAAGAGGCGGAAAAGAGAGCAGGAGGCAGCCGCCGUGAUGGAGAGAAACUUCCGAAAACAGCUUAGGAUGGUGGGCAGCCGCAGGAUGAAGGUCCAGACCUUUGUCGACCGCCGAGGCAAGAGUUUCAGCCGCUCGUGGAGUGACCCCACCCCCGUCAAGCCUGAGUCCCUGCAUGACUCGAGAGACAGUGGCGAGCUUCAGACCUCCUCAGGGACACUAGAUGAAGGGCUGGAUGGGGAUGCCGACUGGGAGGAGGAGAGGGAGUUGGAGAGAGUGGCCUGUGAUGAAGAGGACUUCAUGCCACCUAAAAUCAUGCUGAUAUCCUCCAAGGUCCCAAAGGCUGAAUAUGUUCCCAACAUCGUUCGUAGGGACGACCCCUCCAUCAUCCCCAUCCUUUAUGACCAUGAACAUGCCACGUUUGAUGACAUCCUCGAGGAGAUAGAGAAGAAGCUGACUGCCUACAGAAAAGGCUGCAAAAUCUGGAACAUGCUCAUUUUCUGCCAGGGAGGUCCAGGACAUCUGUACCUGCUGAAGAACAAAGUCGCCACCUUUGCAAAAGUGGAGAAGGAAGAAGACAUGAUCCAGUUCUGGCGCCGGCUCAGCAGGCUGAUGAGCAAGCUGAACCCCAAGCCCAACCUCAUCCACAUCAUGGGCUGCUACGUGCUGGGGAGCGCUAAUGGAGAGAAGCUGAUUCAGACUCUGAAGAGGUUGAUGAGACCGUCCACAGUGGAAUUCAAGUCCCCACUCGAGCUGUCUGCAGAGGGGAAAGAGAUGAUCGAGAUGUACUUUGACUUCCGUCUGUUCCGCCUGUGGAAGAGCCGUCAGCACUCCAAGCUGCUGGACUACGACGACCUCUUGUGACUUGAGCCGCGUUGUGUUGGCUUGUCGGCCGGUUAUCUCACGUGUGAGCCUGCUGUACGGUGACAGGGCUAAAGCCACCCGAGAGGCUUCUGGACGGACUCUGUGCAGAGCUGGAGCAGCAGUGCAGUUGGGUCUUUUCACCCCUCUGAAGCGACAGGGUGGCCCUGUAGAUUCAGCCAGCCGUGCACUUUUUCUCCCUUAUUGAUUUUCACUUUCUGUCUAUCUGUCAGAGAAAAGAGAAAGAGAGGGACAAGAAAAAGACGGAGAAGCGAGGGACUCAUCAUGCUAGCCUAAUUGUGUCAGAAGAUUCUAACUAGAGUUAGAUUCCUGAGGUCAGACAGGAUGUUAGACAAAGAGUGACAGCUGAGAACAGAAAGAACUCCUUUCUGAGUGUUCAGCCUUUAGCCAGCAUAGCUGCUGCUUUAAGAUGGAAGUAUCUUCUUUGUCAGGUGUGUGCUUACUGGAGCCUUAUAGAAUAGAUUUCCAGCAUCUCUCUCCAUGCUAUCAUGUGGAAAUCUAUUAAAUUAGUCUUAAUAAAAUUAAGAGUUGUCUAUUUAACACAGCUUUUUUUUUUACUUCAAAUAAAUGUAUUA